AUGUCAUGUUGUUCACAUCAUCGUCAUCAUCAUCAUCAUUAUUAUUGUUAUGAGGAUUCAUUCUUUCAAGAACAACUUGAUUUUUGUGAUCCAUGGUUCGAUGAUUUCGAUGUAUCUGAUUCAGUUUUUUGCGCGACACCAGAUAAUGUUCGAUGGAUCACUAAACCAAAAAAAUUCACAUCCACAUCAACUAGCGUACCUACUACUACUAAUACUAGUGAUGAUGAUGAUGAUGAUGAUGACGUAAGUCUUGCUACAAUAAGUCGAGCAACAGAUGCUGAAAAAUUUUGUGUUGAACUUAAUGUUGCUGGAUUUAAUCCUGAAUCGAUCAAAACAAAGGUUGAUGGUCGAAAAGUUAUUGUUGAAGGUAAUGAAGAAGAUCGUGAUGAAAGUGGUGAUUUUACUAUUCGACAAAUUCGAAAAACUUAUGAUCUUCCUGAAAGUGCUGAUAUUACACAGUUACGUUCGUAUGUCACACCAGAGAAUAUGUUGACUAUUGAAGUACCUAUUGUAAAUCCCGAACCUGAACGUCGUACUGAAGAAACAGACGAUGAUAAUGAAAGUUUAGCACAAUUUGGCGAAUCUCUUGAUCCCUCAUUUGAUUAUGCUGGUUUUCUGAGUGGUCCAGGUUUUCAACCUCGUAUUGUUGAUAUUGGUGAUAAUCAAAAAGAAUUACAAUUUGAAAUGGAAAUGAAAAAUUAUCGACCAGAAGACAUAAAAGUCACCGUAAGAAACAAUGAUGUUAUCAUCAAAGCUCAAUAUAAAUAUAAAAAUGAUAAAUCUACAGAACGAUCAACUUUUUUUAAAUCAAUAACUGUACCACCUGGAACACAAAUUGAGCAAUUAAAAACAGAUUUACUGGAAGAUGGGCAAUUAAAAAUUACGGCACCAUUUAUACAACAAAACUAA